GCCGGGGGCAAACCUGUAAUUUUGGAAUCAUCUUUUUCCCUUUCGUAAUAUUAAAAAAUGGUCGCUCAAGUUCAAAAGCCCGCUCCCGCCUUCACCCUUCCCGCCGUCGUCGAUGGUGAGUUCAAGGAUGUCUCGCUCGCUGACUACAAGGGCAAGUACGUUGUCUUCUUCUGGUACCCCAUGGACUUCACCUUUGUCUGCCCCACCGAAAUCCUUGCCUUCUCUGAGCGCGUCAAGGAGUUUGAAGCCUUGGACACCGCUGUCAUUGCUGCCUCCACCGACUCUGAAUUCUCUCACCUUGCCUGGAUCAACACUCCCCGCAAGCAGGGUGGUCUUGGUGACAUGAACAUCCCUAUCGUCGCCGAUAAGACUAAGAAGGUCGCUCGCGACUACGGUGUCUUGCUUGAGGAUGAGGGUGUUGCCCUUCGUGGUCUCUUCAUCAUCGACCCCAAGGGUAUCGUCCGUCAGAUCACCAUCAACGAUCUUCCCGUUGGUCGCAACGUCGACGAGGCCCUUCGUCUUGUUGAAGCCUUCAAGUUCACCGAUGUCCACGGUGAAGUUUGCCCUGCCGGCUGGCAAAAGGGUGCUGAAACCAUCAAGCCCGAAGUCAAGGCCUCCAAGGAGUACUUUGAGAAGGCCAACUAAGUGCAAUCUCAGCUGUACAUGAAUAAGACUCCAUAGCUUUGCUUUUUUUUCUUGCGCUUUGUACCAUACUUUUUAAACCAAAAUAAAUACAUUCUUUGACUGCAGAAAAAAA